CUUCUGACCAUGGGCGACUGGAACUUGUUGGGCAGUAUCCUUGAAGAAGUGCACAUUCACUCCACUAUAGUUGGCAAAAUCUGGCUCACAAUCCUGUUCAUAUUCCGGAUGCUAGUGCUGGGAGUGGCUGCUGAGGAUGUCUGGGAUGACGAGCAGUCAGAAUUCAUCUGCAACACAGAGCAACCUGGCUGCAGCAAUAUAUGUUAUGACAAGGCCUUCCCUAUCUCUUUGAUCAGAUACUGGGUAUUGCAGAUUAUAUUUGUAUCCUCUCCAUCUCUUGUUUACAUGGCCCAUGCACUGUACAGAUUAAGGGCUCUAGAGAAAGAACGACAGAAGAGGAAAGCCCACCUGCGGGCUCAGCUAGAAGACCUGGAGCCCAUGCCUGAAGAACACCGGAGAGUGGAGAGGGAGCUGCGAAAGCUGGAAGAACAGAAGAAAGUGAAUAAGGCACCCUUAAGAGGGUCUCUGCUGCGCACCUAUGUCCUACAUAUCCUGACCCGCUCAGUGGUUGAAGUGGGCUUUAUGAUAGGUCAGUAUCUUUUGUAUGGAUUUCACAUGUCACCCCUUUACAAAUGUACUCGGCCCCCUUGCCCUAACACAGUGGAUUGUUUUGUGUCCCGACCCACAGAGAAGACCAUCUUUAUGGUCUUCAUGCACAGCAUUGCUGCGGUCUCCCUAUUCCUCAACAUCCUAGAAAUUGCCCACCUGGGCCUCAAGAAGAUCCACAAGACCCUCUACGGGCGACCGCGGCAGCCACUGGGCCCUGCGGAUGACGAGGCCAGUCCUUACAACUCCAAGAAGAACUCCGUGGUCCCACCCGCCUGCCUGGCCGCCGACACCUCCCUUCCACGCUCUGCCGCGGCCCCGCCGCCCCCCACCGCCCCCUCGAGCACCCCCGCCCCGCCCGACCCUCUUGGACAGCCGGGCCAUCAGAACCACGGAGAGCUCCGCGCCGCCGCCCCGCCGCGCCGCAGGCACAGCUCGGCUCAGCACCAAGGACAGCAGCAGCCGCCCUCCUCCAGCAGCGAGGAGGCGCCGCGGGCGUCGGGACCGGGCGAGACCGGGCCGGGAACGGGGGCGGGCCGCCGAGUUCUCCGCAAGCAGAGCCGAGUAAGCGUCUGUCGCGACCUGGAGGAGAACCGCGGAGAAUCCCCGGACAGCGGGCACUGCCCGGGCACCCGCAAGUCCAGCUUCCUCUCCCGGGUGCUCUCCGAGAGCCGGGCGGGCAGCGACAGCGAGAGCGCCGCCUCACGCCGAGGCUCCGGUCCCGACUCCGCCUCCUGUUCCGGCUCCGAGGGGCAGCGAUGCGAGGAGGACAGCCCGGCAGGCAGCCCGCCGCCGCCCGCGGCCAUGGGACGUCGCGUGUCGAUGAGCAUGCUCCUAGAACUAUCAUCUAUCAUGAAAAAGUAAUUGCAUUCUGAGGACAAGAGAUAAACUAAGGCAAUGAGCACAAACCACCUUCAGCAGAAAGAUAAAAUGCCGAUUAUCUGCUACUGUCUCCCUCUCUGUUCCCUUACAGUGCUACAUUCUAAUGUUUAAGGAAGAAAACGCUUGUCCCAUUCCUCAAUUUUAUGCCAGUCCCACCAAUACUGUACUCUGAUUGCUGAUGUUCAUAAGUAGCUUGCUCCACAUUUCAAGAUUUUUCUCACAUAGGCUGAGCUGGAGCUUGCCAGUACGUGUUGCCACUGCAGAACCAGCCCGGCAUCUUUGGAAGGAUGCUUUGGGAUGUACAAUUUGUGAUGCACAUGGGUAGUGUUCAUAUCAGCAACCAGCCUGAUGAAUAGACCUUAAUGGUAGUAGAAGGCCCAAGACUCUGACAAGGAAAGGUUAAUUUAGUGUGAAAGUAAUCUGGAAGGCAGUGUGGCCCCUAUCUACCCAGAGCUCAGCAGCCAGUGCAUAAAAGAUGGAUCAAGCACAGAAGGAAGCUGAAGAAGCUUGGGCACAGAAUAAGAUCUCAUCUGAAGGAUAUUCUGCUGCUAUUGUUCUGCCUGUGCCAAUGCAAUCCUCAGGCUCUGAGAGAGACUUUCCAUGCUCAUGUGGUGUUUUCAUAGUUAGUACUUCCAGAUUCAAAAUUGAAACUAAGUAAAACCAGGCAAUUAAUUUAAAAAAACACCUGUGCUUUUCUUCAGUUCUGUUCUAGAAGAACUCUGGAACCAGCUCAUGAGAAUCUUAAUCUGUUUGCUUUAGUUCAUAUAGAUUAACUGAAGACAAGUGAAAGUACAAAGAUCUCAUUUUGAGUUUGCCAAGACAAGAUUGACUCUGUAAGGUCAGAUUUCCGAGGUGUAAGUAGCCCAAGAAAGCAAUCCUUCCAGUUGUGUACCCAGCAAAUAAAGCACUCUGACUAUCUAAAAGCCUUUUUCUGGCCACAUGCUCUUGGCUGCUUUUAUGUGCCAAGUUUAUAACAGCUUGCAUCUACUAUUGAUGUGCUCAUCACUUCAGUAGCAAGAAGAAGCUUGUUUGCUCUGCCAGUUUCCUUAAUCAUUUAAGCCUUCUACAGGAAAGACAAGCAGACCAGCAGGAAAAAAAAAUGGAAUCAAACAUAAGGAUUGCUUUUAAUUGCAGUGUUUUUUAAAGCACAAAAAAAGGAAAAUGUUUAAGAUGGUGGUCGUUAAAGUGUCAGCAACAACUGACCAAGGAUGGAGAAGCUCUUUUGGUACAGCACAUGCCCUGCUUUUAGGCUGUGAUGAUAUGCAGUGGAAACAGACUUGGGAGGGUGGUAAGUGUUCUUUUUAUGUGCUUAAGAGCGAGACUCAGAAAACUGGGGGACUUUGUAAAGCAGUACUUCUGCUUUUCCUCCAUGUAAAUUUUCAGGUGAAAAAUCACAGGCAACAUCACAUGCUUCCAACCAAACAGGAUGCAGCUGACAUCCUUUAGGGCACUGGCCCAGGGCACAUGACACAUGGUUGCUCAUCUGGUGUUAAAAUGCCAGUCCCCAGAGGGACCAAAUGGUCUUUUCUUUGCCAUGAUCUGGCGCUCAGGCAAGAAGCAGCUCCAGGCUGAUGGCAUCUCUUCUUUUCUGUCUGGAUUUUAUGCAGUGUGAGUGAUGCAAAUGAUCAGUGGCACAGGUUCCUUACUCAGAAAAGAAUGCUUGAGUUACACACAGAAAUAUUCAAUCUUUUUUUUUUUCUUUUUUUCUUUUCUUUUUUUCUUUUUCUUUUUUCCUCUUGUUUCUGCAUAAACCUCUUCCAAUUUCUCUCAAGUUUUCUAUGGGGGGAAAUAAUAAACCCCAACCUCCAUCCUUGACAUUGUACACGUUCACUGAAACUUUACAAUACCAAAGCAAAGACAUAGAAGAUUUGCCUUAAGUCAAGCAUAAGUGGAAUGGGUAUAGAGAGUGUUUGAUCUUCCCAACCUAUUUCUUUUCUGCCACCAAACACCUUCAGCUGUUCCCGAUCAAAUGAAAGACAACCAAACCCCUGCAUCAAAGACAUCAAGUGAAUCCGAAAUGUGACCACGUGAGCGGAGGUCUUGUUGUCAAGAUGCAUCCUCCAGGCAGCAUCAGCCGCCUCCAGGCCACCCCCAACCAACUCCAUCCCCACGCAACCAAGGACUGCGACAGUGAUUUCAGAGUCAAGAUGAGCUGGUUUACAAUACAUAAUGAUAUGUCUUUAUUUCAUCAACAGAAAUGGUGUCUAGACAAAAUUCAGUUAACACUAGCAAUUCAAAUGAAUGAAAAGGGUCGGGUGCUUUUUUUUUUUUUUUCCAUUUUUGUUUUUUUUGCACAAUACUGUAUUUACAAUGAGUAAAUGACGUUUUAAAUUCAUUAGUUCAUAGCAAUGCUUUCUUCCAAAAAGGUAAAAAUUCUUAGUAACAGAGAGUAAGCAUCAACAGCCACCUCAUUUAUUUAUACAAUAAAAAUCACAAGAAACCACAGUCACCUAGAAAAAAAAUAAAGACAAGCUUAAGAACUAGUACAAUAAAAUGAUGCAUUGAAUUAAGUUACAUUAAUCGCAUAGAAUUUGUGUAAAAAGUAUGUAGAAAAAACACCUGAUGUAACCUGUUACAGUCAUUGACCAGUUAUGAGAGGUACAGAGGGUUAUACAGGUAGAUAUGUGUGAAAACUGUCCAUUCUGUUUGACCUGGGGAGGAAGAGAAGAGGGGCUGCACCCCCUUGCAUACACUGAUAAAACCCUGUUUUGAAUAUGGCCUCUGAAGUUUGUAAGGCAUAUAUAAGAGGUGCACUUGUAACCAACUGGUUCUGGAACAAACUCUUAGGACAUCCCCACCCUUGAAAUCAAAGGUGAUUCUUAAAAUCAGUGGUAAACAGACACGCAUCAAAUAUCACCAAAGUGUUUAGUAUAGUUCCUGCCAGUCUGCGGGAUCCAGAUAGCUUCAGUCAGAGCACAACCAGUAGUGGAAACAGUAUCUAGAGCAUGCACGUUUCUCUCAGGUAUAUCACAAACACAAGGUACCAGCAUCCUGUGCAAAUCCUGUGUGUCCCGGGACCAUGCUCCUUUGCUAUGGGGCUGAGUCCCACUGGCAGCCCUGGCUCCCAGCUAUGAGGGGCUGGCUGGGCUUGUAGCUCGGGCCCAGCUCUGCUUCUAUGCAGUCAAUGAACUCCAACACUGACAGCUGCCAUGAGCCCAAAGGGACAAUAGAGGCCCUGCAGCAGCCGUUUCAAACAUAGAAAGGGCUCUUCCCACAAAAGCCAUACAAGAACAGGAGUCAUCCAGCUGUGUUUUCAGCAGUCGUUUGUUGGGGGUCAUUACCUUAUGAAAAGGUUUUUUUAGGAUUCUUUCCUGCCAAAAAGUGGUUUUAUUUGCAAAAAAUUCCAACACCGUAUGUGUAAUACCUUAAAAUGCAUAUCAAUAUUUGACUUUGAUAUAAAUAAUAAUACCUAUCUUGGUGGAGUGUAGGAAAAUACUGUACAUUUAGUCUUUCCAAGUAAUGCCAUUAACAUUUGGAGAGUAAAGAGAAAAAUUAUUCUACAGACCACCAACAAUAGAUCUUUUAAAUAUACACACAGUAUUUGAACAUAUGCAUAUACACAUAUAUUGGAUUCUGCAGCAUCAGACCUGAUGCCUGAGUCACGAAAUACUCUAAGGAGUAUUAUAAAUAUACACAUAGGUAUUAUAAACAGGAAAAUACACAAACACACACUCUGACUAGAAUUCUAAAUGUAUGUAUAUGUACAUACAUGUAUUAUAGAUAUCUAAAAUUAACUUGGGCUGGGUUGGCAGAGACAAAACUGAAAUGAAGUCAAAAACCUGUGGAGAAAAUUUCUAGCAGGAAAGGGAGUGUCAGUUUGUUACGACAAUGAUUUUAGUUUCACCUCACUCCUAGACUGAGCAGAUCCCUCCUUUUGCAAGGCCAUCAGCUCCACUGCUCACACUGAAGCUAAAUCUUCUCUAGACAGAUCUAAAAUAUACACUUUUAAAAUGCUACAAGCAUGGGCUACACCGUUCACCCAAAGACACCUCCAAACGCAUGUCAGAUCAGAACAAGGUGAAAGCAGCGCUCCUUGUUGCAGCAGUAGAGGAAACAAAGUGGACUGAAGCGCAAGCUGGUGUAAACCUGGCCAGCAUUCCCUUUGUCUCAUUGAAAAAAUCACUAGAGGUUCAUUCUGGAAACCCAUUGCUCUUUUCAACAACCACAGCAGUGCAUUCCGUGACACGAGUGAGGCUGUUGUGUUGACUGGAAGUACAGUGCUUCAUCAUGCUUUCUCCUAGUGGAUCAGCUUUUAUUUUAUUACAGGAUUAUAGUGAUUCCAGCAUGCAGAUUUGUCUUUAUUAGGCAAUCAUAAAGUUACAUAUUAAAAAAUCUAACUAUAUCUAUCUAUGCGUUUUAACUUCUAUUUAAGCGCUCUUUAGAAUGCAGACUUGACAAAGUGUUGAACUCCAGAUUAACAACCAUGCUAUCAGCAUUAAUCAUUCCUCCGGCAGCAGUUAAUCCAUUUAGCUAAGUUAUUUAUCUAGUUCCCACUCUCCUUUUUAAAGAGAAGUAGCAGUUAGCAUACUAAUCACCAUGGCUUGCCUUUGCAACUCAUUUUACUUCCUUGGGAAAAAAAUAAUACAAGGAUUAGAUCCAAAAAUAUAGUGCAUCUUAAAAGCAGCAUAUACCCUUAGAAAGACAUUUAAUAAAUUACUCGCAAAAUAUAUAAAAUAAUAGUUUUAUACUGCAGCAUCAAACUCUGACGCCUGAGUCAUUGUAUGUUAGGAAGUCUGUGAUAUAAAUACUGGGGUCUCCUGAUAAGACAGCCAACAUUUUUGCUUUUGUUUUGCUUCUUUUCUGUUUUGUUUUCUCUGAUGUUUUUUUUUCUUUUUCUUUUUUUGCACUACCUUUUUUGUUCCAGAAUCAGCUUGCAAUGAGCUUUAAUUGUGUUCAAGGCACCCCCAGAGAACGCAGAGAAACAAACACAUCAUAUAGUGUAGUACUCACCUGACAAAGCAUAACAAGCCUAAAUGAAAUGAGGUUUCUUGGCAAUACAGGUAGAGCAAUGGCAAAGGAAGAGGAGGAUUAGAUACAGACUGGACAACUUGUGAAGGACUCACAUGCCCAUGGAGCUGUGCAGCACACAGCAGGGAGAGGGCUGGGUCUCAUCACACCUCUCCUACGUAAUGCCUGAUGCUGCCAAUAUCCUCUUUGACAAAUGCAAAGAGAUUCUUAAGACCAUGGUGACCAUUAACCAAAUUCUUCAAAUCAGUAAAUAUUACAGUCAGCCGUUUUGUUUUGUUUUUCCAAAUGGUAUCUUUGUGAUCAGUUGCUUUGACCUCACGAAAAGAGCAGUUGGGUAUGCCAACUGAUGUCCAAGUCUAAUUCUCCCAGUGCCUUCCUUUAAAGUUAGCCCAGUAACAGCUUUGAGAGCCAUGUGGUUCAGAAUAGCAAAAAAACCUCAAAACAAAAUAGAAACAAACAAACAAACAAAAAAAUCCAACAACCACCACCA